CGAGCCAGUAACGUCGGACAGCACAGAUGCCCAUCCCAGAUGUUAUUCCAAUACCGUACUCGCCAGAUGCGGAUCAUUCCAGGCAGUCGUACGAGGUGCCCGGGACCAAGAAGCCUGGCCAGACCGGUGCCUUUCCGUUUCUGACGCUCGACUCGCCGAACGCGUUCGUCAACCUCGUCGAGUUUUUCGACUCUGGCCGGAAGCACGUCCCAGGCAACACGCCCAUGCUUGGCCGCCGCCCGCUUCUGUCGUCAAAUCCACCGACAUAUGCGAACCACUACGAGUGGGUCACCUGGGAGCAGGCGGAUGUGCGGAGACAACACAUUGGAAGCGGCUUAUGCAAGCUCUUUGACGACGGUAUCGCCGGUGGCGAUCCUCUGAGGUGCUUUGGCAUCUACAGCGGUAAUUGCCCAGAGUGGCAAUUGUUGGACUUGGCUGGCCAUGCCUACCAGUUUGUCUCUGUGCCGUUGUACGACACUCUGGGGAAAGAUACGGUCGGUAUUAUCAACCACACAGAGAUGACACUAGUCGCCGUCUCUCCGGCACACGUAUCGACUGUCUUGAAACUUGCGGGAAAGAUCCCCACUCUGAAGGUUAUUUUGGCCAUGGGUGCGCUCUCCACAGAGUCGAAGCAGAUCUGCAGGGCAUGGGGCGAGCAGGUUGCAAUCAAGGUGAUGGACCUGCCAGAGUUGGAGGAGCUUGGCGAGGCGAACCUCAAGAAACCGACUUAUCCCAGCUCCGACGCACUCGCAUGUAUCUGUUAUACUUCUGGAACAACUGGGCUCCCCAAAGGUGUUGUCCUAACCCACGGUAUGAUGGCAAAUGGCUUCUACGCCCAGCUGUUCGGCCUUAACCUGUCCGAGGCUCCGGUCUGUAUGGGCUUCUUGCCGCUGGCUCACAUCUAUGGCCGCAUGAUUGAGGCUAUUGUCAUCGCCCGUGGUGGCACCAUUGGCUAUUGGUCUGGUGACCCACUUCGCCUUUUGGAAGAUGCUCAAGUCCUUCAGCCGACAUUUUUCCCCGCCGUUCCACGCGUCUUCAAUAGAAUCUACCAGGCGGGCAUGGCCGCGGCGCAGCUGCCUGGUGUGAAGGGAGCACUCUUCCGUCGUGCGCUUGAGGUGAAACUCAGCCGGUUCCAUGCCACGGGUCAAACAACACAUGCCCUCUGGGACCGCCUCGUUUUCAAGAAGAUCCAAGUUGUGCUUGGCGGCAAAGUAAAGUUGCUCUCUACAGGAUCAGCGCCGAUGAGCGCUGCUGCGAGCAAGUUUAUUAAGGUCGCAUUAGGGGCUGAGUUGCUCGAAGGCUAUGGCGGCACGGAAAACGUCGGCACAGCCACGAAGACAUGGUGGGGUGACUCCAGAUCCGAUGGCACGGUCGGUCCACCGCACCCAUGCGCGGAACUCAAGCUCGUCGAUGUUCCCUCCAUGGGCUACACCGCUGAGGACAAGCCGUAUCCUCGUGGAGAGAUUUAUAUGCGAGGCGACCACUGCUUCAGGGAAUACUACAAGGAUCCCGAGGGCACCAAGGCUACCGUCGACGAAGAGGGUUGGCAGCGUACUGGCGAUGUUGGUGCGAUCGACGAAUGCGGACGUUUCCGCAUCAUUGAUCGCGUGAAGAAUAUCAUGAAGCUCUCUCAGGGCGAGUACGUCGCGCUCGAGCGUAUCGAGGCACUGUACAACGGAUGCCCCAUCGUCGCGCAGGUGUACGUGCAUGGUGACUCGCUGCAGUCGUACCUCAUCGCAGUCGUCGUUCCCGACCCUGCUCAGCUGACCGCAAUCGCAAGCAAAGUUUGGAGUACGAAUGUGUCGCUGUCAGAUCGCGACGCCCUCGACCGCGCGGCGCAUGACUCGAAGGUCCAGCAACAGGUUUUGAGGAUGCUGGACGAGACAGCGAAGGCCGUCGGGCUGAACGGCUUCGAGAUGAUCAAGCGAAUUCACGUCACGAAUGACCCCUUCACCGUCGACAACAACUGCCUGACGGCCACGUUCAAGAUCAAGCGGAAGGAUGUGUACAACAUGUACAAGCAGGAGCUCAAUGCGCUCUACGCUCUUGGCGAGCCUACGAGCAAGCCUGCUAUCAAGCUCUGAGCAGACCAUCAAAUUGCUCGCCGUGCUCCCUUGUGCCAUUCGCAUAUACCUUGCUUUCGGCCCUUUACUCCAAUAUACAUACACUCAGAUGGUACAUUCCCUUGUGAUCGAUGCGUAUCACGCGCUGUGUGUGUGUGUGGAGGACGAGUGAUUUUAAAAAGAAAUUUGUUACAAGGUG